AAUUCAGCCAGCUCCUCCGCCAUGUAUCCAGUGUCGGCGCAACACAACAGCGGCAGCCUCAGCUUCCACAUCAUCGGUGCCCUUCUCUGUCCGAUGCGCCUCUCGCGAGUUUAUGUCACCUGCCAUGCCCCGGGCCACCUCACUGCUGCCCGCCCUGCUGUGCGUUCUCCUACCUGGCCCGAGCCGGGGGUAUUUCCCCGAGGAGCGCUGGAGCCCCGAGUCUCCGCUCCUUGCCCCCCGGGUCGUCGUCGCGCUGGCCUGCCGCAACUCGGCGCACUCACUGCCGCUGUUCCUCGGAGCUCUGGAGCGCCUCAACUACCCGAAGGACCGCAUUGCGCUGUGGGUGGCGACUGAUCACAACACAGAUAACACCACAGCCAUCCUCAGAGACUGGCUUGUGAAGGUGCAGAAUGACUAUCACUAUGUGGAGUGGAGGCCUGAUGAUGAAACCAGUGCCUUUGAAGACGAGGUGGGGCCUAAGCACUGGAAUAAUCUGCGUUACGAACAUGUAAUGAAGCUCCGUCAGGCUGCGCUGGAGACCGCCCGUGAGAUCUGGGCCGACUACCUGCUGGUGGCUGACUGUGACAACCUGCUCACCAACACGGACAUGUUAUGGAAGCUGAUGAGUGAGAACAAGACCAUUGUAGCGCCCAUGCUGGAGUCCAGAGCCGCAUACUCCAACUUCUGGUGCGGCAUAACUUCACAGGGCUACUACAAGCGUACUCCAGCCUACAUGCCUAUCCGUAAGCAGGAGCGUCGUGGCUGUUUCGCCGUGCCGAUGGUUCACUCCACCUACCUGCUGGACCUGCAGAAAGAGGCCUCCCGGCAGCUGGCCUUUUAUCCCCCACACCCCAAGUACAACUGGGCCCUGGAUGAUGUCAUCGUCUUUGCCUACUCUGCUCGCAUGGCAGAUGUGCAGAUGUAUGUCUGCAACAAAGAGGCUUAUGGCUAUUUCCCAGUGCCGAUGCGUUCCCAUGGCACCCUGCAGGAUGAGGAGGAGAGCUUCUUGCAUACUCAGCUGGAGGUCAUGG